GUGUUGAUGACGAUGCAGGUGGUGUGAGUCACCCAGCCUGGCUGGGCCUGACGCUGCUGUUUGCGCUGGUGCCGCACGCGCUGGCACAGCUGGCGCUGGCGCACGCCCACAGAGACCUGGGCAGAGACCGUCCACUCAUGCUCAUGCUGCACGCUCUGCAGCUGGGGGGGGUCACAAGAGCGGUAGAAGCGGUGUGGACCUACCGUGCGCUGGGCCGUGUUGAGGAGCCGUACUGCAGCCUGGUGCGCAAGAUUCGUGUGUCACGUGACGGCAAGCAGCACCACGUGAUACGCGAGGUUAGCCGGCUGGAGGGACGCCUGUACGCGCACCGCGCUGCGUUCGCACGAGCGAUGGUGCUGAUGGCGUUUCUGGGCUCAGCACCACAACUCACGCUGCAAGCCUACAUCACUCUGCAACAACACAGCGUCACAGCCUAUAGGGGGGUACUGAUGGCAGUCUCCCUGCUGUCUGUCUCCCUGGGUGCCCUGGUCCUCACGCUACUCGCUGUCCGAGUCCGCUUUGACCGCGUGGAGCUGCGGGUACUGAUGGCAGUCUCCCUGCUGUCUGUCUCCCUGGGUGCCCUGGUCCUCACCCUCCUCGCUGUCCGAGUCCGCUUCGACCGCGUGGAGCUGCGUGUGAGCGCACGAGCCGUCGCCGUGGCGACCGCCUGGCGCGCCAUGGAGAUCUCCACACGCGUCACAGUCCUUGUGCUGUUCAGCUCCGCGUGCCGGGAAUGGACUCUGGCUGUAGUGUUAGUGAACCUGGCUGUGUUUGGGCUCAUGCCGUGGGUCGGCCUCUGGAGGCAGCGACGAUUCUUGCCGGAGCACCCCAACACAACCUACGGCGCGUGCGGGGCAGCCACAUCCUCCGUGCUGCUGUCCCUUCUCUUCGCGGCAGUCAACGCCUUCUGCUGGUCGGCGCUGCGCCUCCAGCUCUCCGCCCCCGAGCUCGUGGUGAGCGGCUCCGGCACCGGCGGCUCCGGGGACCGCCCCCUUCGCUGGGCCGCAGCCUUCUACUCGGCACGCCUCCUGGAGAACACCGUCCUGAUCCUCGCCUGGUGGUUCACCGUGGCCGGCGACGCGUCGGCACCGCCGCCGCUGUGCCCGCCGGCGGCGCUGGCCAAGCUCACGGCGGCCUACGCUCUCGUCGUCGCCCUCAUGGUGGUCUUCUACCGAUACUGCCACCCGUGCCGACGGCUGCUGCGGUUCCGCACGGGCUGGGCACGGCUGUGUCCCGCGCCGAAUGGCGGCGGUGACGGCGGUGGCGGUGACGGUGGCGGUGAUGAUGAUGAUGAUGAUUAUGAGGAUGAGGAGGAGGAGGAAGAGGAGAAGGGGAGAUGCUGGGAGCGUUGGUGUGGUGGUGCUAAGGGUGGCGGCCAUGGUGGUGGUGAUUGUAAAGGCACUAGAGGUGGCGGUGGUGGUGGUGGUGGCGGCGGUGGUGGUGGUGGCGGUGGUGGCGGUGGCGGCGGUGGCGGUAGUGGCGGCGGUGGUGGUGGUGGUGGUGGUACGGGAGCUCCCCUUGUUGCCGGCGAAGAGGAGGAGGAUGACGAGGGGGAAGCAAAGGAUUCUGGGAGGCUGAUGGUGGUGGCCACUGGCCCUGCCCGCAGCUCCCAUGGUGGUGGUGGUGGUAGCCAGGUAUGAGAACCAGGGUGGUGCUGGUGGUGGUGGUGGUGGUUGUUGUUGUUGCUGCUGCUUAUCGACAGCCGCUUGUUAAGGCUACACGGGGGAUCUUUGUCUUUGUUUGCAUGUGUGUGCGACUGAAAUUGUCGUGGGCGUCCCCUAUGUCGACUCAGCCUCAAAUGAGUACCUGCUACGAUCGCCACUUGGGAGACAAAGGCGGCCAAGUCACCCACUCAGCAACCCACUCACCCACUCAGCAACUCACUCACCCAUUACUCACCAAUCCACUCACCCACUCAACAACUCACUCACCCACUCACUCACCCACUCAGCAACUCACUCACCCAUCCACUCAUCCACCCACUCACCCACUCACCCAUCCACUCAUCCACCCACUCACCCACUCACUCACCAAUCCACUCACCCACUCAGCAACACACUCACCCACUCAGCAACACACUCACCCACUCAGCAA